GCCGGCCCCGGACGGACGCGCUGUCCCGCCCCGCCACCGCGCUCCGCCCUUCCGCCGGGACAUGGCGCAGGAGCCGCGGGGUAUGGACGGCGACGUAGAGGACGGCGAGCUGUCCGGCUCCGACUCGGACAUGCCCGGCGCCGGCUCCCCCGGACAGAAGCUGCACACUGGCAGUGAUUCCUGCAGGCCCUUCCAGAGCAGCCUCUCAUCCUGUACUCCCAGUGUUCCUUACAGGACCACCAAGAGCCUGGACUCCAGCGAGGAGAGCGGCUCCGACUCCGAUGACGACAGCUGCCUGUGGAAGCGAAAGAGGCAGAAGUGCUUCAACUUCUCCCCUGCCAAACCCGAGCCCUUCCAGCUCAGCCAGAGCCACCAAAAACAGACUGCUCUGCAUGGGAAGAAGGUCAACAACAUCUGGGGCGCCGUGCUCCAGGAGCAGAACCAGGAUGCAGUGGCCACUGAGCUUGGGAUUCUGGGCAUGGACGGUUCAAUUGACAGGAGCAGGCAGUCUGAGACUUACAACUACCUGCUGGCUAAGAAGCUGAUGAAGGAAGCCCAGCAGAAGGAGGCAGAGACUUUGGAUAAGGAGCUGGAUGAAUACAUGCACGAUGACAAGAAGACGUGUCCAGCAGAGGAGGAAAACGGGCAGGGCUUCCUGAAACGGAAGCGGCCCGUGAAAGACAGACUGGGGGAAAGGCAAGAGAUGAAAUACAAGGGAAGGUAUGAGAUAACAGAGGAGGAUUCAGAGGAAAAAGUGGCGGAUGAAAUUGCUUAUCGACUUUGUGAGCCAAAGAAAGACUUAAUUGCUCGAGUAGUGAAAAUAAUUGGGAAGAGAAAAGCCAUCGAGCUGCUGAUGGAAACAGCUGAAGUAGAACAGAAUGGUGGACUGUUCAUCGUGAAUGGCACCAGGAGAAGAACACCUGGGGGUGUUUAUUUAAACCUGCUGAAGAACACACCGAGCAUCAAAGAAGAAAAAAUCAAGGAAAUAUUCUAUCUGGAAAACCAGAAGGAGUAUGAAAACAAAAAAGCUGCCAAGAAGAGGAGGAUACAAGUUCUGGGGAAGAAGAUGAAGAAGGCCAUCAAGGGGCUUAACCUGCAGGAAUAUGAUGAUGCAUCUCGAGAGACUUUUGCCAGUGACACAAACGAGGCUCUGGCUUCCCUGGAUGACCUGCAGGAAGGGCACCACGAGGCAAAGAUGGAACCUGAGGAUACUAUUGAAAUUGAUAAUGCCCAUGAUUUGGAGAUCUUUUAGUUACUGAUAUUCUUGAUAGCAGAGUCUCUAUAAAAACAUGUUAAAUGAGCCUUUCUUGUAGUCCCAUGGCUUCUUGUUUUCAAAACAUGGGGAAUAUUUGAUGCUGAAGAACAGGAGGUAAUUCUUAGCUAAAUUUAACAGCAUGAAAGACUUUUAAUUGUCCUGUUACUGGUUUGCUGAGUCCUCAGAAACUGUUAAGAUUUUUCUAGGUAAGAGCCCUGUGUCACCUUAGGAAGUGUUUUUAGUCACAUGUUAGGUUAGGAGUUAAGGCUAUGUUUUAACCAAAUACUUCUCAUUUAAUUUGCUGAAGUACACAAAGUCAUCAGGUGAGCAAUGCUCUUUACUACAGAAGAACAGAAAAAAACAAUGAUUUUAGUCUUGAUAUAAAUGAUCAUAUAUUCUUAAUGUGGCAGUGUAUUGACAAAAACAGUAUUCAUAGGAUUAAGACCUUUAAAAACAGAUUGGUUUGUGAAAUAAUUUUAGUGGUCAGUGACCUUUGAAUAACAACCUUGUAAAUAAGCAGUAUUGAGCAAUGUAUGCUUCAGAUUUCUGCAGUAUUUUUAAUCUUUGUAUUCCAAUAGUGACUUGAGCUUCCUAUCUGUUCUGUCUAAGCAUUUUCCAUGAUUAGACACACACCUAACUUCCAUGGAUCUUUUUGUUUGCAGACAAGUAUAACUGAAAGCCUUCCGAGUAGUGAGAUCUUCCUGGGCUGUGUUCCCUUCAAGGGCCUGUAGAAUGUACAUGCAGAUAUAAACCCUUUACCUUGCAGUUCUUCUUUCUCUCCUCCUCCUGUGUGCAGUGAGAUAAUGUGCAGCUUGCAGAAGAUCUGGAGUUUUUCUGUGCUGACUCUUGCAGGGGAUAUUUUUUUUUAUUAUUUACUUGAUGCAGGAAACUGUUGUGUAGUUUGUUAGUUUGGCCGAAAACAAUUUUUAUGUUGAGUAUUGUUUUUAAUAUAGCUGAAGAACAUGUGCAACACUGA